CUUUGACGUUUUGCUGAUGGGGUUAUAUUUGCCGGCGAUCGGCGGAUAAAUUUAAGUGUUUAACCCCGUCCUAUUGUAGUUUGCGCAGAAAACGUAUCUUAGAGUUUCGACGCGGUUGUGAAUGCGGCUUUCCGUGAGAUUCCGGUAAUCUGUAUCAAGUGCCUUUAGCGUCACAAUGAAUAAAACCUGCGCUUCAACUAUUGUCGCCUCGAAUGAUAUGUCGUUUCGCUGACAUUGAAUCUAUAUAAUUCCAGAAGAUUGAGAAAAAGUAGUAUACAAUCUUUUACGUACACUACUUGUUCAUAUUUUGUCAUAAUCGAGUUGCAAUUGACUAGAAAGUGGAAUGACUUUACUGGACUACGGUGUGAAAAUAACCUAAUUUUGCAGCAAAUCCUCCAGAGACAACAUCCAAAAAACAGUUGCAGGAUAUGUUGCUGAAAUUUCUACAUGACAACAUGCGACCCUUCUCUUUCAAUGAUAUCCAUGAGAGGUGCGCGAAAUCUGAAAGCAGGAGUGCAGUUCAGAAGGCUAUAGAUUCAUUGGUAUCACGUGAAAAAGUAAUCGAAAAGCAAAUUGGUAAACAGAAGAUAUAUUUUCUUAACCAGGGUGUCGAUAAUGAUGAUCAAGAGGUUGCCGAAAUUUCACAACUUGAGCAAAAGGUGGAUAAUCUUCAGAAGUCUUUGAAAGAGAAAGAGGAACGUAUUAAAAAGUAUGAAAUUGAAUUAAAACAGCUUUCUUCAAAACCAUCACAAAUUGAUUUGGAAAUUCAACAAGACGAUCUUAAAAUUAAAGUUCUUACCCUUACCGAGAAAUUGGAUCUGAGGAGGGCAUCACAAGGGAAUAUAUCUGAGAGUGACCACGAUAUCAAGAACAUACAAGAUAAAUAUUCGAAAAUGCUUGCAGAAUUCCGUAAAAGAAAACGUAUUUGUAAUAAUAUGAUUGAUUCUAUAUUAGAGGGAUAUCCAAAAACGAAAAAACAACUUCUGGAAGAUAUCGGUGUGGAAACAGAUGAAAUGGUCAAUUUUUCAUUGAAUGUCUAAUUUCAAAAAAGCUCAAAACCUGCAUUGAUUUUGUGAUCGAAAUAUAUAUGGAUAAUU